AUGCCUUCCCCACUUAGUUAUUUUCAACCUUCAGCAAAAUUCUUACCCACAAACUCAAUAUCGCCGCUCGACGAGCAGGAACUUGACGAGCUAUCACCCACGACCCAGCCUGGGAAUACUUCUGUUGUUACUAGAAGUGAGGUAGACCAACUAUCAUUUCGAGAAGAAAGUGACUCAGACGAGGAAGCCGGAGACCAAAACUUUCUGAUGGGUGCCAAACCUCGAAAUAAGAAAAACCAGACGUCAAAGGUUUUAAAGUCUGGAGAUGAAAUCAAAAAAGCCAGCCAAAUUGAAAUUUCCCUAGAGUCUACUGGCUCGAAUCGCGAGGCCAUAUCUCUCGAUGACCAUGAUCUUAAAACACCAACAACAGUGAACCACAGUUUCUUUCAACUACCAAUGCGGGACAGGAGGAACUUUGGACUCUUAGUUCUACUCUAUUUCCUACAGGGCGUUCCAAUGGGGCUUGCAUCGGGCAGUGUGCCAUUUCUCUUGAAGCCACAUAUGAGCUAUUCAGCACUUGGAGUAUUCAGCCUUGCAUCCUACCCAUAUUCAUUAAAGUUACUAUGGAGUCCUAUUGUUGAUGCAUGCUGGUCUCCUAAACUUGGUCGAAGGAAGUCCUGGAUAAUGCCAAUCCAACUUCUUUCUGGUAUGGGAAUGAUAUGGUUGGGCUCUCGGGUAAAAGGCAUGAUGGCGGAAGCAGAAGCAGGUAAUGGCGAUGGAAUAUGGAAAUUCACCUAUUGGUGGUUUUUUCUAGUGUUCAUGUGCGCCACACAGGACAUUGCCGUCGACGGAUGGGCACUCACUCUACUCAGGCCGGAGAACAUAUCUUAUGCCUCAACAGCCCAGACUGUCGGGUUAACUGCUGGUCAUUUUAUGUCAUACACCGUAUUCCUUGCAUUCGAAUCACCCGACUUCGCCAACCGCUGGUUUCGUAAUCAACCUUCGCCGGAGGGAUUGAUGACACUACCCGGAUAUCUACGCUUCUGGGGCUGGAUGUAUAUUAUUGUAACGUUAGGUCUUGCAAUUUUCAAAAAAGAAGAAAAAACCCGGAAUGAAGAUGGUAUUUGGGAUGUCUACAAAGUCAUGUGGGGGAUUCUUAAACUCAGAAAUAUCCAGACUAUAAUUAUCAUCCAUCUAAUUGCUAAGAUUGGAUUUCAGGCUAAUGAUGGGGUUACUAACCUUAAACUAAUUGACAAAGGAUUCACGCAGGAGGAUAUGGCCUUAACGGUAUUAAUUGAUUUUCCAUUCGAGAUUGGUCUUGGAUACUACGCUGGAAAAUGGUCAACUACUUACACACCGCUACGUCUCUGGUGCUGGGGAUUCGUGGGUCGCUUGAUAGCAGCUAUAAUUGCACAGAUUACUGUAGUAAUGUUUCCAUCUAAUGGUGUCGGAACAAUGUACCUACUCGUGGUAAUUGCAGAACAUAUCUUUAGUACCUUCACAAGUACAGUCAUGUUUGUAGCAGUUUCUACUUUCCAUGCUCAAAUUGCAGAUCCUGCAAUCGGUGGUACCUAUAUGACUUUACUGGCAACUGUCUCAAACUUAGGUGGAACAUUUCCCCGCUUCUUCGUUUUAAAGUUAGUGGAUCUCUUUACAGUUGCAACCUGUUCACCCUCAUCACUUUCGAGCUCUCCCUCUUUCGUCCUACCCGACUCCUUACGCGGUCCGAUUAUAACUUCACCAUUUCCCUGUGGACUUGCACAAGAAAAAGACCGCUGCAUUCAGGGUGGUGGAACCUGUGCUAUUGAAAGUGACGGCUACUAUUCCAUCAAUGUUGCCUGUGUAAUAAUCGGCUUCUUGACUUUCUUCUUAUAUAUCAAACCUGCUGCAUUACGGUUACAAGCUCUGCCGUUGCGUGCUUGGAGAAUGGUAAAUUAUGAUACGGUAUUUCACGAUUGA